CGUUGUUUUGGCGUGAGAUGAAUGGGAAGGGAAAACAAACCUGACACGGGGUGCUGCGAGGAAAGAAGGUCACUGAAACGCUCGCUCGCUCGCUCGCAUAGAGGCUUUCUUCUCUCUAACUCUCUCAUCAAAUUCAAUUCUCUCUCAUAGGUCUUCGUCUUCGAUUCCAUUCUACUUGCUUUAUGACUAGGAACUAGGAAGUGGUUUUAGAGAUUGUUGUACUGAUCAAAUGGAAUGGAAGUGAAGUGGUUUUAGUGAUUUAAUUGCUUCUGAGAUUUCCUUUUAGAGCUUUAUGUGUGUUCAUGUAUGGAGAUCACAAGAUGAAAAUCAAUUAGGUUUUGAUUUGUCUUUCAGCCAGAGAUUAUUGAUUAUUUAAGCUUCUAAGACUUCUUGAAACCAACUAUUGCAUCUGUUCCAAAAUCGUCUGGACGCAAGAUGGACGAUGACCAGCAAUAUGAAAACGGCAGGCAUAAAGUGGAAUACUACAGAGGAGCACAUUCUCCGUGGAAUGCGGAUCCCCAACAUCAAAUAAAGGAACAAAAUGCCCUAGUUAUGAAUAAAAAAAUUAGGUCCAUUAUGGCUGAGAGGCAAGCUACCAUUCUGGAAAUUGAACUAGAGGCUGCUAUAUCUGAAAAGAAUGAAGCCUUGGCUGCUCGAGAUGUUGCCCUUAGGCAGAGGGAUGAAGCACUUGCUCAGAGGGAUAAUGCUCUGUUGGAACGGGAUAAUGCCCUUGCAGCCCUUCAAUGUCGGAAUAGUUCUUCCAACUUUUCAUUCAACGGUAGAAAUCAAUGUGGAUCAAAGCGGAUGCACCAUUCUUCAAACCGUAAUCAAUCCAACAUGACAGAAGCAGCAUAUAACUCGACAGAUAUAAUAAUAAGAGACGCUUCCCCAGUAACUGUUAUAACUUCUGAAGCCAUCGAGUCUCAUCUAACUAAGAUGACAAAGGAUAAUUCCAAGGCAUCAAAGACACCUACAAAAGUAAAGAAAAUGGGUGAGGAUUUAAAUAGGAAGGCUUAUUCUGAAGGGACGAAGAUCAAAUCUGAAUGGGAUAGACAGGAUGUUGGCUUGAAUUUGAUUACUUUCGAUGAAACUGUCAUGCCUAUCCCAGUUUGCACGUGUACCGGAGUACCACGACAGUGCUACAAAUGGGGUAACGGUGGAUGGCAAUCAUCUUGUUGUACUACUACACUGUCAAUGUAUCCACUACCACAGCUUCCAAACAAGCGCCAUGCGCGCAUUGGAGGGCGGAAAAUGAGCGGCAGUGUUUUUACAAGACUUCUCAGUAGGUUUGCAUCAGAAGGCCAUGAUUUAUCUUUGCCAUUGGAUCUUAAGGAUUACUGGGCCAGACAUGGAACAAAUCGCUACAUCACCAUUAAGUAGCUUCUGACAUCCAUUUUGUUUCAAAUUAUGUGUUCCUUUUUAGACCAUGCCUUGGUAAGCAUGAUAUGCUUGAAUUUAGUGCAUGCAGGUGAGUUUUCAUUACAAGGCUAUUCUCCUUGCUUAAUUCUGACUAGAGUCCACUUUUAUUCAGGCUGUAAAGUAUGUGUAUGUAUGCACAUGUGACUUCUUGGUGGCACUCAUUUGGUUACUGUAUUUUUGUUCUCUUGUGUACAUUACAAA